AUGCCUAAAAUAGGUUCAUGUACUGAUAGAACAUGUGAUGGUAAAAUGAAAGAAUUAUAUGAAUGUCAUUGUUGUUCACGUCGUGUGUGUUUAUAUCAUUUGAAUGAACAUGUUGAAAUAAUAAAACAAAAUAAACAACGAACAGAGAGUCUUCGUCAGGAAUUAAAUACAAUCGUAAAUACACUACAAUUAAGUAUUGAUGAAAAAUUAUCAAUUAUUAAAUCCGAACAAAAUUUAAUUGAACAAGCAAAAAAAAUUCUUGAUGUAUCUAGUAGUUCAAUAGAUGAAUUAGAAGAUAUUGUCGAAAAAAUUAAUCAAACAAUAACAUUAAAUCGUUCAGAAAUCAUGGUGAAAGUCGAACCAUUAUUAUCAGAAACUACAUAUCGUUGUUCUGUUUGUAAAACUAAUAAGGAAAAUACAAAUUCAAAUGAUGUAGCAGAAGAAUCGGAAAUCUCAAAAGACGAAUCUAUUCACGAUGAACAUGUAAAUGAAAUAACGAAGAAAGGUAAAAAAAGAUCAUGCAUACAAAUUUCUGCUAAAUGUCCAUUAACAUUUGAUGGAGCAUAUGGUCUUACGAAAGCAAAUCAUUCUAUGAAAUUUUGUGAACAUGGAAAAACUCGUCAAAUCUUAUUAUAUUACCACUUCAUGUAUACACAUGAAUUGAAAAAAGUUUAUGCUCAACGUUUAGUACGAGCUGUUGCCAAUCAUAAAGAUUCUAGAAUAACAAAAUUAUUUGAUGAAAAUGAAGAUGUGAUUAAUCAUUUUUAUAAAGUUUCAUGUCCUUUUUUUCGUAAACGAGUUAAUUCAUUAAAAUAUAAUGGACAAAAUGUUACCAUUCCAUCAUGUCGACGUCGUUCUAUUACACUUUAUAGAUUAGAAUGUCAUUUACGAUUUACUCAUAAGAUUUCUAAGUCAUUGGCACAAAAAUUAGUUAAUGAUUUUAAAAAAAAAUCGAAUAAAAAAUGA